UAUGUAUCGGUGCCUCUUGUUCGCGAUGUAAUCAAUUGCGUUUCUUCUUGCUCGUGGCUCUUCAAGUUUCAAAUUAGUCAGUGCUGGUGAAUAUCCAGGAAUAUCGUGUCUCAUGUCGUCACCGAGAACGAUAGUUCCAAGUCCGACCGGGGGCGGAGGGUCAGAAGAUCCGGUUAGCACGAGUAUUCUUGUGGGCGACAGCAGAUCCGGUGAUGGAGAUGCGGUUGAUGAUGAAAGCGAUCACAACGUAACGAACUCGGAAAUUGGAACCGCCGCAUGGCCGAAUACUCCGGGUAACAUGGAGCGGGACGCUGUCGGUAAUUGGGAAGCGCGCUUGGGUCGGCUGCCCAGCGAUCCUCGCAGACCUUCCACCCCGCGUGGCGAGGAAGGGGGUAGCACGGGUUCCUCGUCUUCCUCAACCAGCGCGCCUUUUUCAGCCGGUGGUCCUGCUCCAAGCCCGCCGUUGUCCCGAGCGAUGCUUUUCUGUUCGGGAAGUGUCGCAGGUCUUGCCGGUAAAACAGCGACAGCCCCUCUAGAUCGCGUGCGCAUUCUGUAUCAAGUAUUUUUUUCUUUGAGUUUGGCCCUGCGUGACCUGUUCCUAGCUGCACGUUGGUAUCGGUUCGGUUCUUCAUGUCUGCCGAGGGCUCGUAUCUGACGUUUGGAGUACUUAUAUAGAAUUCAACAGAAUGAAAAUAAGGCAGAAACGAGCGCAUAAGUCGCACUUUCCCCGCCUCUCACAUCUCAGGUGAAUCCGGACCGUGCUUUCACGUUAAGCAGCGCCAUCAAAACCGGCCGCACGAUAUACCGCAAUACCGGACUGCUUGGACUAUGGCGCGGCAAUGCAACCGUGGCCGUUCGGUCGGUACCGUAUGCGGGCAUCCAGUUCACGACGUUUCCCACGUAUGACCAGUACUUCCGCGGCAGUUUGUCUCCAGGCUAUGCGAAGUUCGCUGCCGGUGCCGCGGCCGGCUGCACCGCAACCACACUCACAUACCCGCUCGAUCUAAUCCGGGCCCGAAUGGCCGCACACUGGAGCAUCGACCCCCGGUACAGCAGCACCGUCGCCGCUCUGCGCGAAAUCUGCAGCCUCGAAGGGCCGCUUGCACUGACUCGCGGGCUAGCGCCGACUCUGCUUGGCAUCGUGCCGUACAGCGGUUUAUCGUUUGGGAUUUUCGAAGCCGGAAAGGCAUACUAUGUGGAGCAGAUGACCGACACGACGACAGACUCCGACGCGGGUGCAGCAGCGGCCCAGAACGUGCCGCUGCCGGUGCGGCUUUUUCUCGGGGGUCUUGGUGGCUUAGUCGGGCAGUACGUCAGCUACCCCUUUCACGUGGUCCGCCGCCGAAUGCAAGUACAGGAGCGCGAUUCGUACGCGGACCGUGCUUUUCAGCGCACUUUUUCUUCUUCGAAGGCGGCGGAGAAUCAGAUGGACCGAGCAGGGGUAACUGCUGUUCGCAACACGAAUUCAGCCGCUAAUACUCAGCCUCCGGCCGUGGGCUCUAACACCCCCGUUAAGCAAGUGCAACCAUCUUCCUCGGCGUCUUCGAGCUCCGCUUUUUCCCGGCAGCGGUCGAUCCGUGGGUCACUCGCGAUGGAGUGGCCGUCGUUCAUCCGGAUCUUUGUCGACAUUUAUCUAACCGAGGGCUUGCGCCAGGGCCUGUUCAAGGGCAGCAGCGUCACGCUGAUCAAGGGACCGAUCGCCGCUGCAGUAACCUUCACCUCCAACGACGUCAUCAAAAACUUCCUGGUCCAGCGGCAAGUGGACGAGCAGCAUACGCAAAUUUCCGCUGGUCAACAUUAUUCUGCACCUUCCCGGAUUAAUAUCGGUAGUGGUGCGCCGGCUGCACCAGAAGGGACAUCAGUUUUGAGUGCACAAACAAUCUCAACAUCUGGCGCACGUGCAGAAGUACCACGCCCACUUUCUGCCGAGGAAGCCACUACUCGGGCAGGCAACAACUCGGAAAGUAGCAAACCGCAGUCCAGCACCAGUCUGCUUCGGACGCGCUCGUCAUUCCGUCCGCCCUUGCCGUCGCAAGGCCAUCUGAUCGAGCAAGACCACGAGACGACGACAGAUCCGACACCGGUGGAUUACUUACGGCGGAAGCGAAGCACGCCGACGUUCUACCGCGUCAAGGAGAACACGGACCAGCUCCCGCCCGAUCGGGAGAGUUUUACCCGCGCCGCCGCAUGGGAACAUGGGACCACGACGACGGACAGUGUUCGAGGGCAUCGCCACGUCGAUCAAGGCCCGGAAGUACAGGAGGACCUGCAGCGACCGUCGAACGCAAGUCGCAGUGCGGCCGAAGAGCUAAAUCAGUUUACUUCGUCGACAAGUACCUCUUCCUCCGUGAGCCGCAUGUCUGAUUCGUCCUGCCCAGGCAAUUCCAAUUUGGGGGGCGCGGGUGGAACUGGGGCGACGGAACGUGGUCGGGGGCAUCAUGAAAAAGCCGCGCACGACGCGGAUGAGCAAACACGACACGGCACAGCAGAAUCGUCUACGAGUAGCAGCACCAGCACCGCCACAAAAGCGCCAGCGCCACUCACCCCGAUGCAGCGACUCUGUUGCGGUUCCGUGGCCGGUGCGUGUGCGAAAACGGUGAUUGCUCCGGGAGACCGCGUGAAGAUUCUGUAUCAAACGAACCCCAGCCGGCCCUUUACGUGGUCCGCCGCCUUCAAGACGGCCACGCACAUCUACAAGAACGAUGGCGUGCUGGGUUUCUGGCGGGGGCACGGCGCGACGCUGCUGCGCGUCUGUCCCUACGCGGGGAUCUCUUUCACAGUAUUCCCAGAGAUCGAGCACACGUUGCUGACCACCUGUUUCGCCGCCCCGGUAGCUUCUUUCUCAGCAGCGGACCUUCGAAGUUCACAAGUACCCUCCGCGUCAUCAUCCUCCCCUGCGACGUUGAACAACGGCAACAGUGAGGUAAUCGCGCGGUUCCUCGCUGGCGCGCUGUCUGGAAUGGUGGCCACGACGCUGACCUACCCGCUAGACCUCAUGCGGGCGCGCAUGGCCGCGCACUGGGGGACAAAGCCGCUCUACAACGGGUACGCGCAGGGCUUUCAGCAUUUGUACCACGCCGAAGGAUUCUCCAGUUUGUUCAAGGGUCUGCGCCCCACGCUGCUGGGCAUCAUGCCCUACGCGGGGUUGUCGUUCGGAAUCUAUGAGAACCUGAAAACCUACAUCCUGCCAUCAAAGUCGACGACGUCGGGAGGCUCGGCCAACCCAUCAGACGAUUGGCACAUGAUUUGGCUGCGGCUCAUCGCGGGCGCAACGGCCGGACUGGUAGCGCAGUCGGCGACGUACCCCCUGGACAUUACGCGGCGCCGCAUGCAAGUGAUGCCGGCGAAUACGUACCGCAACGAAUUCGACGCGAUUCGAAAAAUCUACCGGACCGAAGGGCUCAGGAGAGGUCUGUUCAAGGGCUUAAGCAUGAACUACAUCAAAGGACCCAUUUCCGUCGCAAUUAGCUUCAACGUAAACGACAUGCUGAAAAAGUGGCUUUCAUGAGCAUUGUUUGAAUUGUAGCACCGGGGCAGAGCGUGAGCGUCGAUGUGCGUAAAUCUAAAUGUACGUGUACCAUUCAAAUGCAUUUAUAACCGUGACAGUGACUUGCCAUUGUGUUCUGUGUUCCGAACAGACUUCUAUCGUCGUGCUACCAUCGUAUCGACACCGCAGAACUUCCGGGGUAGUUUUAUGCUUGCAUUCCUCGACAUACACAUAGUCUUUGGCGAGAUGAAUGGACGUUCUGUCCUCAUUCGAACGUGUCGAACUCGUGGGCCUACAUGCAAAGUCGAUCGUCUGAAACUUGAAAUCCACAAUUUUCUGUGGAGGAUAUGUCGUGGAGGAAGAUCUGGGAUUUCGUAAAAGGAUAUCAUAUAGGUGUAGGUCGUUUCGUAUUCUCCUGCUCGUUGUAGUGGGAUCCCGUUACGUUCUCGUGGUCAUCAACGAUUGGUAUCUCUCAUUUACAUUUACGUUGAAAAAA